CUCUGCACGAUCGCGUUAUUGAACGUCUAAUAACAAGCUAUUUCUUUCAUUUCAACUCAAUUUUAUACGAUAUACGAUUUUUCAUAAAUUAUAAAAAUUUUCACGUCAACGAUAAGACGACACGUCCGAUAAAUGCUUUUCCAUUAAUAUAUUUUAAUUCGAAUUUCCGUAAGCUCCCUGAUUGUUUACAUGUAAAACGUAAAUAAUCUGUAAAGUGACCUCUGAGGAUCUCGCGAGUACGAGUGAAAUUAUUUCCUAUAGCAGUACGAUACAGUGUCUUCGGAGCUGCGACGGCAAUAUAACGUGUAUGGACAAUGCGUGGAUUUAAUAAACCUAACAUCUCAAUUCGACCAAAAAUCUGUAUGUAAUAAGAGACAAAAUAAGGCGCAGAUUUCGGAUAGAUAGCUAUAAUGUCGCAGAACGACACGAGUGACGAUGAAACUGGCCUGCACACGCCACGAAUGUUACUCAACACGACUUCUCACUGCAGCCGUCACAAUUCAGGUACAAUUAUGCGCAGCCCGAUCAGUCCCUCCUCCUCCGUUUCGAGUUCCGUGGUAUUUGGACAGAUCCCCGAGGAAGUGCUCCGCGCCUGGGGUCAACUGCCGGAGGCGAUCCGUCUGGAUCCGAGUUUGGCGGUCUUUCAGAAGGAGUACGAUCGAAUAGCGGAAACGAGAUCUGCGGACUACGUGCAAAGGGAGUGCCUAAUUGUAAAUAUGUCUCUCGGGACACAGCCCGUGGCACCAACCAGCGCGCAAAAUCAUCAGAACAACGUCGACGAAGACGUGCAAACGCAAGAAAAACAGAGACCGUUUUGCAGCUACAUAAAAUUAAUCGUGCUCUCCUGCUGUUGGCUGCUAUUCACAAUGAUACUGAUGUUCAAGAACGAAAGGAUUGAGACGAUGCAUCAGCUAUCUGUGUCCAGGGGAGAAAGUAAAAAUUACCGAAUCAACGAGCACGUUGUAAACAAGUUGAUCAGCGUGACGAUGGAAGGACCAUUGCUGCCAUCAGCCAAAAACAAGCACUAUUUACCUGCGAAUAUAUCCACGCACUAUUUAAUGAUAUGGCUGCAGCUUCUGGUGGACGGGAAAACCAAUUCAUGGUCCUCCUCUACUGAGCUGGAGAACUCGAAGCUGCAGAACGUAAGCGACGUGUGGAUCUUGCCGGUACUGCCUGAAAAUUUGAUGAACAUCUUCCCCGAUCAGAGGCACCAGUGGACUUUCCAAGUAAACGUCGACAGCGAGACCCUUUCGCACGGCGUAAUGUUCAUCAAGCUAUACACAAAUUCGGAGUCCAGUCUUUCGUUUUCGAUAGCUUACAAUCUGUCGCCUAUAAACACCGAUAUCGGCUUACCGUAUGCAGCUUUCAUCUUGAUCGGCUUGUACAUCAUGAUCAUUUUCGAGGUAGUGCACAGAGCUCUGGCUGCCAUACUGGCGUCCACGAUGUCCAUCGCGAUCCUGGCGGCUCUAAACGAGCGACCAAGUAUGGGCGAACUGAUCUCUUGGAUAGACAUGGACACGCUGCUGUUACUGUUUUCCAUGAUGGUGCUGGUUGCCAUCAUCGCCGAAACUGGUGUGUUCGACUGGCUGGCGGUCUACGCUUAUAAAAUAACCGCCGGAAAAUUGUGGCCGUUGAUAAUGGCCCUCUGCUUCUUCACCGCGCUUUUGUCGUCGCUGCUGGACAACGUAACGACCGUGCUGCUAAUGACACCGGUAACCAUUAGGUUGUGCGAGGUGAUGGAGCUGAACCCGGUACCGAUCUUGACCGCCAUGGUGGUUUACUCCAACAUCGGAGGUGCCAUGACGCCGGUCGGCGACCCACCGAAUGUCAUCAUUGCUUCUAAUCGAGACGUUAAGAACGCCGAAAUAGAUUUCGGUACGUUCUCGUUGCACAUGAGCAUCGGCGUGGUAUUGGUGUUGAUCGUGGUCAGCGCGCAAGUCCGCUAUAUUUUUCGAGACGUCGCGGUCCUUAGAUUCGACGAGCCGCAAGACGUACAGGAAUUGAGGCACACAAUCGCUAUUUGGCAACGAGCGGCGGCCAGUCUAUCCAAUUACAGCAAGGAUGAGAAUCUGGUGAGAGAGACGUUACUGAAAAAAGUGCAACGUUUGUUGUCGCAGUUAAAGAGGAAGCUAAUGACAGGGAGCGCGGCGUUAGAGAGGUACAAGACCACGCUUGAGGAGUUACAAGAAAAGUAUCCUAUUAGGGACAAAUGGCUGCUAGCAAAAUCAGGAUGCGUGCUGACCUUGGUUAUCACGCUCUUCUUCCUGCACAGUUUGCCUCAUUUAAAUCUGUCUUUGGGCUGGAUCGCUCUGAUGGGCGUUUUGUUGCUUCUGAUAUUGGCCGACAGCGAGGAUUUCGACGGUCUUAUGGCGCGCGUCGAAUGGAGCACCUUGUUAUUCUUCGCGUCGUUGUUCAUUCUCAUGGAGGCACUCUCGCGUUUGGGUCUCAUCACGUGGAUCGGCAAAAAAACUGAAGAUUUCAUUCUAUCGGUCAAUGAGGAGUCCCGAUUAGCGGUCGCUAUAUUGCUGUUGCUUUGGGUAUCGGCUUUCGCUAGCUGCUUCGUCGACAAUGUACCGCUCGCCACCAUGAUGGUGAGAAUCGCGACGAAUCUCGCCCAAAAUCGCGAGCUCGGUCUACCUAUGCAGCCUCUGGUAUGGGCGCUGACGUUCGGGGCUUGUAUGGGAGGAAAUGGAACUUUGAUUGGAGCUACCGCCAACGUUGUCUGCAUGGGCGUCGCGGAACAACACGGCUAUAGGUUCAGUUUCAUGCAAUUCUCCAGGGUAGGAUUUCCUAUCAUGCUAACGAGUACCAUAACAAUUAUGGUAUAUCUGAUGAUUGCCCACGUCGUCUUCGGCUGGAACGGAAAGUAAAUAACGAGGACGAAGACGUAAGUGAGGAUCUGUUUAAUGUACAAGAAACAAUGGUACUUGUACUCGUAAAUAUAUGUAUUAGAUAAUUUUUUUAAAAGCGGGUAAUAUUAUUUAUUAUGCAACAUUGCCGAACGUAAUUCUGUUAAGUGUUAUAUAAAGUGAGAACGUAAAUAGAUAUCGACAAAGUCGUUUUAAGGGAAAAAAAAUCUGUAUAAGUCUUUGUAAUAUAUGGCCGAACUUUUCUAUUCUUCCCUAAAUCUUGUUCUUAUUUUAAUGACACACACGUAAAAUAAAAAUGUUACGCGUUUUGUCUUUCGUUCGCUCUUUUUGUAAGGAAAUUGUGCAUGUAGUCACGUGGUCACGUGGUAAAUAUGCGUAGAGAAAGCACUAAAGAAGAAUUUCAAAUCACAGGGGAAUAGCUGUUUCAGAAUAGAAGAGUUCUCUGCUGUACGCAAAAUUAAUCGUGUCAUAAUAUGUAUCAUAAUUGUGAGUCUCACUUGCAAUAAAUAUUGUUUUCUCAACAUCUUCUCAGUUACUUGCCCUUAAUGACAAAACACAAUGAUAAUAUUAAUGUAAAAGACUA